AUGCAGUACCCAACCUGUCCUUGGCACAAAGCCGAAGGUCACAUCCUCUCCCCUUGGUACUACACUGUUUCUAAAUUGGACAGUUUACCAAGCGAUGGGGAAGGGGUCCCAUCCCGCAGGCCUUUCCAGACAGACUUGGAACCAGAAACUGACACCAUCUCUGUUGCACAGAAAGCAGCCAAUGGCAGGUACCUGCUACCUAUUGAGGACCACCAACGAGAAGACCCAGCCAACCCGCCCCUCCUGCUGUUCUUCCCGGGUGGUUCGGUGGCCCCCAUUUGCAACGGCACCAUCGGCGAGAGCCAGCCCCUCUCCACCCUUCACAGCACCUGCGCCGGGAGCAGAGCCGGCGGGAACAACCCCUGCUCUCCCACCACAGCUGUCGAAAGGGCGAUGGACCGGCCCCACGCCUGCUUGGAGUGCGGGAAGACCUUCAGCCUCCUGCUCAGCCUGCAGGUCCACCAGAUGAACCACCAGAAGAAGAAGCGCUAUGAGUGCCCCUACUGCGGGUUCGCCUUUGGCUGCCCCUCGGAGCUUGUCCGCCACGAGAUGAUCCACACCAAAGAGAGGCCCUACAAAUGCCCCGUCUGCGGGAAGGGCUUUGUGCGGAAACAGCACCUCAUCCCCCACCUGCGGCUCCACACAGGCGAGAGGCCGUACCACUGCACGGAGUGCGGGAAGGACUUCAUCUGCAAGCACCACCUCCUGGAGCACCAGCGCACCCACACGGGGGAGCGGCCCUACGCCUGCGCCGAGUGCGGGAAGACCUUCCGGCGGAAGAAGUCGCUGAAGGACCACUUGCGCGUACACAGCCCGGAGCAGGGGCGGACGGACUCGGCCCAGGGCCUCCCAGACGAGCCCCAGAACAUCAUGGAACUUAGAGCCGAAAGCGCUCGGUAG